UCAAGCUGUCAGACAUCGGUUAGUUGUUACGUCUUUACUGUGACUUACCUGUGGCCGUAGACGGUGAACAUGGACUGCUUUAAGGACGGAUGGUUUACGGAAUUAUCUCCAAUGUGGCCGGGGCAAGCUAUGAGCCUAGAGGUGGAAGAGCUGCUCUACCACAAGAAGUCCAAAUAUCAAGAUGUCAUGGCCUUCAAGAGUAAAUAUUAUGGUAACGUCUUGGUGCUGGAUGGAGUGAUCCAGUGCUCUGAGAGGGAUGAGUUUUCAUAUCAAGAGAUGAUGGCCAACCUUCCUCUGUACAGCCACCCUGACCCUAAGAAGGUGCUGAUUAUUGGUGGAGGAGAUGGCGGUGUAGCAAGAGAAGUUGUGAAACACCCGCUGGUGGAGUCGGUGGUUCAGUGUGAGAUAGAUGAGGAUGUCAUCAAUGUUGCAAAGGACUACCUCCCUGGGAUGGCCCAGGGGUUUUACAGUCCUAAACUCACCCUUCAUGUUGGUGAUGGCUUUGAGUUCAUGCUGCAGAACCAAGAUUCCUUUGACGUCAUUAUCACUGAUUCCUCAGACCCUGUUGGACCAGCUGAGAGUUUGUUCCAGGAGCCUUACUAUGAACUUUUGAAGUCAGCGCUGAAAAGUGAUGGAAUUCUUUGCUCCCAGGGAGAGUGUCUGUGGCUCCAUUUGGAUCUGAUAAAGGAGAUGCAAACCUUCUGCAAAAAGCUAUUCCCUGUUGUGGACUAUGCCUACACCUGUGUCCCAAGUUAUUCUAGUGGCCAAAUUGGAUUCAUGCUGUGCAGUAAAGAUCCUGAAACAAACUUUAGAGAACCAGUGGACGUCCUGUCGAAAGAAGAAGUUGAAAAUAUGGAAUUUAGAUAUUACAACUCCAAAAUGCACAAAGCAGCUUUUGAGCUCCCCGAGUUUGCCAGAAAGGUACUCAGUGACCCUUGAUCGGCCACAACCAUCAUGUUCAAGACCUACCCUGGUCCACAAACAGACCUCUGCCAAGGAAAUCUCAGCAGGUUCAGCACCUCUGAAGAGAGAAGUUUCCCUCCUUCCAGUCUCUAAUAUCUUGAUGUUGAGUAAUUUUUGGGAUGUCUUUAGUUUCUUUGUUUGUGGUCUUUGAAGUCUUUUUGUGAUGACAAAUUUAAAGAACUGGUCUGCAAUUAAAGAGAAUUAUCAUCAACUUGACAGGCUUUGGUGAAUCUACACAUUACAAAAUGUCUUGCAUACUUUGAAGUAUGAAUGACAUCUACUUGUGUACUUUUGUUGUUGGCAAAGAAGAUGAAGCACUACUUAGCUUUAAACAUGAAUUUGAUUUGGAAUCGUUUUUCCUUUUAUGUGAGUCCAUUUUGCAGUAUACUCAUAAUCUGUUCAGCAACAGGCCUGUAUGCAGAAUCAUUACACUGUGAAGUUUUUAAACAGAAAAAAUAU